AUGAGCAAGCGCAACUCAAAGAAGGCAGCAAAUGCGGCGUCUCUCAACUUGGUACUCAAGACGCUGGAAAAAUAUGACCAAGACGAUACAAGCUCGAUGCAGUCCGCGUUUGGAUCGCUGCUUGGAACUAUGGGAAAAGCUCCAUCCAAAAAAAUCCUGCCACCUCAAGUGCAGUCGCUGAACUACCCAAUCAAGAAUGGCGCCUCGAAGUCUGGCAAGCAACCGCCCAGGGUUAGCAAAAGAGCAGCUAGUCUGUCCACUAAAAAGGCAGCCCAUUGCACUUUGACGGGAGCAGCACUAGCGGAAUGGCUGGAGACUCAGGUCCCACGUGACGGAUUGGGGCAUCCAGCUAUUGUCUCCUCGUAUGGAGGAGCAUCGAAUAAUGCCGCCGAUCCCUACGCAUGCAUUGCGGGCACAUUUCUCCCAUUGUGGUGCUUUCUCGACGUGGAAGAUGGCGCCGGUACAGCUGGUCAACGUCCAGAGCUGGCAAAGCAGUUGCCAAUGAAGGCAGUGGGUCUACCGCUGGACGACGUCACUGGCAUCGCAGGAAGCUGGUCCAGUUGCAUGGUGACAGCGUUUGACGCGUCUCUCGGUCGCUUCAUUGUCUCGUGGUCUGCUGGGAAACGUGUGGGAUCACCAGUAAUGCACCGUGGACUUCUGUGUCUGGAGAAAGAUGACUGCGAGGCCUUCGUACAGCGUAUCCAACGUGCCGUGCAGCGUCGAGAGCAAGCAGCGGCAGUAUUACGGCAAUCGCUUUACGUGGAGAAUAUGCCGAUCAGCUCGGACACCCAACUGGACUCGCAGACCAUCAGCAGCAUACUUCAGCUCACGCUAUCCUCGUUAUCUGUGCCCGCAGACAUCGGCACGUCGGCAUUGCUGGAGGAAGUGAACGCCGACUACAUGUACACUAUGAACAAGCUGAUCUUCGAGACCAACGUGGACGACAUACAACGUGAGUUCUCCGACCUCAAACUGCCCAAAGUACCAGCUCCACCGCCCCCACCGCAGUGCGGCGUUAUUCCAGUCCCCGCAUACGACUACAAUCGAAGAUUUCUGGACAUCUCAACCGAUAAGUUUGUCAACUUGUCGUUUGCAGUGAACGCGUUGCUGGAUGUACGUCGCAGCUGCGUGGACGUUGGCUCACAGAAGCUCUUGUUGGAGCAGCAGCCUACAGAGAUUAGCUUUGGUGGCGGUGCUCGACCACAACCCAAGAGUAUCUCGCUGGCUGAGUUUCAUUCAUUGCACGCGCAAAUGAGCCAUACGGCGCUACGCUUUAUGCGGGAUUGCUGGACGCGAUUGGCGGCCAAGCGGAUUCAACAGCACUUCACACAGGCACAGCAUCCGCUCUACAAUCCGGCAGAGUCCAGCCGGCAGAAAUACGUGGACAUGCCACUUCGUCGCUUCUUGCAUCGCGUCAACUACAUGGUUGAAGACACACUUCGCGUACUUAUCCAGCACAACUUUGAAGGCUACGCAGAGUUUGUUGAAGAGAUGGCCGGCUACAACGUGGAAGUACGGGGACCCAGCGAUAUUUGCGAACGCUCGUUGACGACGGAGAAUACAGACGCAGAGUCUGAUUCUACACCGAUACACCAGCCACUUUUCCGAGUCGAUCUUAUUAUCUCUCCAGAGAAGCUUGUACUGAAUCAGGACGAAGUAGACAAGCGAGCUGCUGAGAUUCGAGAAUGGGCUCUAGCCAAUGUCCAGGACCGCUCAGCGCAAUGUCCUAUUGAGCCUGUGGCACCCCGAGAAGGUCACCGGUUUGAGUACGCUACCAGUCCAGAAGAGUUCAAAGGCGCACUAGCUGGUCAGUUCGAUGUUGCUCUCGAGCGUUUGAAGUCGCUCGAACUGGUGGAGAGACUCGUCAUGGACAGAAUCUUCUGGCCUAGUCAAGAGAGCAUCGCGUGUUUACAGGACUGUGCGGAGUCAGUAGCCAGUCUUAAAGAGCAUGUGGGAGGUAUCGUUGAGAGAGCUGCUCAGCCACUGCUCAAGUACCACCUGCAGUUUGACCAGUACAUCCCGCUGCUUAACUUGGACGUGGACGAGUAUCUCAAGACGAUCUUCCGUGUGCAGCCUGAAGGAAAUGCCGAAGGAGAAGAGGGUGAGCCAGCUCCUCUUCUUCCUCCCGUUGAACUGAACGAGCUGCGGCGAUUACUGACCUACCACCGGAAUGAAGAGGAGAGACUCAUGGAAACCAUCCCAGCGCGUGCAGUAAAUCUCGGACUCUUCCAAGUGGACCUGACGAAUAUUCGCUUCACGCUGGCAAAGAAACAUCGCGAUUGUUUUGCGCGGUUACUUGAAGCGCAAGUGGCAUACUGUUUCCAAAUAGCAACUCGAAUCAUGGGCAAAUUUGACGAGAUUAACCAGAAUUUAUCUUCAACACCGAAGGAUAUCGAGAGCUUGACUGCGCUUCAGGAAUAUAUCACUGGAUUGCCGGCUCUGCUGGCUCCGAUGCAGGAAGAAAUCGCCCAGAUGAUGCGCGACAACAUUCUAAUCGAUGAUUUCCACCACUACGUUAGUGACGAGCACCUGCGUCUUACGUGGCAUGUGCAGGGCUGGCCAUCAAAGGUGCUAGCUCAGAGUGCACGCUUUAAACAUGCACUGGAGGAGCGCAAGAGCAAGUUCGCGAAGCAAAUGGAGUCCGAACAGGAGCGGUUUGAGAAGACGUUGGCUGCAUUGCAAGAAGAGAUCGACACGUUCUCUCGGUAUGACAAUUUAGCCUUCGUGGAAGACGUGGCACAUCACGCUAUGUCUGUUCAGCGAAAGCUAGAACAAGCACAACAAGAUGCCAUGUUAUUUAACAGCCGGGAGACGCUCUUUGGGCAAGAAGUGACUUCAUAUGACGGACUGGCGAGCGCUAAGAAGACUUUUGAGCCGUAUCACCAGCUCUGGUCCACGUCGUAUAACUGGAUCCAGAGUCGGAAGACGUGGAUCCAAGGAAGCUUCAUCGACGUCGAUGCGGAGCAGGUGGAAAAACUUGUGGAUACAUACAGCACUGGGAUCCAAAAGGCCUACAAGUUCUUCAGUAAUAACGGCAACGAGGCGUGCUCCAAGAUCGCCGAGACUGUGAAGGAACAAAUCUCCGUCUUCAAGCCGUAUGUACCGCUUAUUGUGGCCCUGCGGAACCCUGGCAUGCGGUUGCGUCACUGGGAAGAGCUGAGCAAAAGCCUGGGCUUUGCACUGGAGAUCGACGAGAGUUUCACGCUCACCAACAUUUUCCAGCUUAACUUACUGGAACGCAUUGAUGACAUUGUGAAAGUUGCCGAGGCUGCUGGUAAGGAAUACCAGGUCGAGCAAGCGCUGCGAACGAUGAAGGGAGCGUGGGAAACUGUUGACCUACAGAUCAUAGCGUACCGCGAGACUGGAACAUACGUGAUCAAGGGCGUGGAUGAGAUCCAGGCGAUCUUGGACGAGCAUGUCACGAUGACACAGGCCAUGAUGUUUUCAACGUUUAAAGGACCGUUUGAGGAGGAAAUUAUUGAGUGGAAUUCGACACUUCAACUCAUCUCGGAAGUGCUGGAGGAGUGGCUAGCGGUGCAGCGCAACUGGCUGUACUUGCAGCCCAUUUUCGAGUCUCCUGAUAUCAACAAGCAACUCCCUGCAGAGGGCAAACGCUUUGCUUCAGUGGAUAAGAAUUGGCGACAAACGCUAGCAUCAGCCAAGGCCAAGCCGAAAUGUGUCGAAUUCUGUCGAAGCCAGAAGCUGUUGGAGAGGUUCCGUGAGUCAAACCACUUCUUGGAGCUUGUGCAAAAAGGCCUGAGCGACUAUCUCGAAGUCAAGCGGUCGGCGUUUGCGCGAUUCUACUUCCUUUCCAACGAUGAAUUGCUGUCCAUCCUGUCAGAGUCCAAGGAUGUCAAACUCGUGCAGCCGCACUUGAAGAAAUGCUUCGAAGGUAUCGUUCAGGUCACCUUUGAAGAUGAUCUGAAUAUAAGUGCGAUGAUUUCUGCUGAAGGUGAGAAGGUGCCGUUCUCGAGCAUGGUAGACCCCAAGGGCAAGAACGUGGAGCACUGGAUGAUGGAAGUUGAAGACAUGAUGAAGAUAUCGAUCCGUGACAUCAUGGAGCGCGCUAUCGCGAACUACACGCAAAUCGAUCGACCACUUUGGAUUCAGAAAUGGCCUGGAAUGUGCGUUCUCAACGGCAGUCAGAUGCAUUGGACGCGUGAGAUGGAGGAGGCCAUGGAUGCUGACGGACGUGAAGGUGUACAGAAGAUGAUGACUCGACAGCUAGGCCAACUAGCUGACAUGGUCACCCUUGUGCGUGGCAAUCUGGAUAACAUGGCUCGUAUCACGUGUGGCGCGCUGACUGUUAUUGAUGUGCAUGCUCGAGAUGUGACGCGCAAAUUGGUAGCACAAAACGUGGAAUCGAAGGGCGAUUUCUUGUGGAGUUCUCAGUUAAAAUACUACUGGGCGGACAAAAACCUGUGGGUUCAGGCCGUGACUUCACGUCGACCGUACGGCUACGAGUAUCUGGGUAACUCAUUUCGACUGGUGAUCACGCCGCUGACGGAUAAGUGCUACUUGACUCUGAUGGGUGCGCUCCAGAUGAUCCUUGGUGGAGCUCCUGCUGGACCUGCUGGUACCGGAAAGACCGAAACGACGAAAGAUUUAGCCAAGGCACUGGCCAAACAGUGUGUUGUCUUCAACUGCUCCGAUGGUUUGGAUUACAUUGCCAUGGGCAAAUUCUUCAAGGGACUGGCAUCCUGUGGAGCCUGGGCGUGUUUCGACGAGUUUAACCGUAUUGAUAUCGAGGUGUUAUCUGUCGUUGGACAGCAAGUGGUUACGUUACAACUCGGUAUUCGUCGUGGCGAUACUCGAAUCAUCUUUGAAGGAUCGGAUAUCAAACUUAGCGAUCAGUUCGGCGUGUUUAUCACCAUGAACCCUGGUUACGCUGGACGUAGUGAGCUGCCCGAUUCCCUUGCUGCUCUCUUCCGACCUGUUGCGAUGAUGGUGCCCGAUUACGCGCUUAUUGGUGAGAUUAUGUUCUUCGCCUAUGGAUUCUCGGAUGCACGCGCGCUUGGCGCGAAGAUGGUUACGACGUUCAAGUUGUGCUCGGAGCAACUAUCAUCCCAGUUCCACUACGAUUACGGUAUGCGUGCUGUGAAGACUGUCAUCACGGCUGCUGGUAACCUCAAGCGUGACGAUCCCGACAUGGAUGAGGACGUUUUGCUACUGCGUGCACUGCAAGACGUUAAUCUACCCAAGUUCCUGGCGCACGAUAUCCCGCUGUUUAAUGGUAUCAUCAGCGACCUGUUCCCUGGGAAAUGCCGCCCGAACUUGGAUCUCGGUGCUCUAAUCAGCGUCAUUAAACUGCAGACCCACCGCUUGAAUUUACAGCCCGUGCCGUACUUCCUCACGAAGUGUAUUCAGUUGUACGAGACGAUCGUCGUGCGUCACGGUCUUAUGGUCGUCGGGGCCACAGGAGGCGGUAAAUCGUGUAACAUUGCAGUACUCGCUGACGCACUCACGGAACUUAAGAGACGGGGCGAGUCUGGGUUCGCGUUCGAGAGAGUAAUCAAGUACCAGUUGAACCCGAAGUCCAUUACGAUGGGACAGCUCUAUGGUGAGUUUGAUCCUAACACGCACGAGUGGCAGGAUGGUAUUUUAUCGACGCUGUACCGUGCUGCUGCAAGUGACACAAAGCCCGAUCGCAAGUGGGUCAUCUUUGACGGACCAGUGGAUGCUAUCUGGAUUGAGAAUAUGAAUACGGUGCUGGACGACAACAAGAAACUGUGUCUCAAUAGUGGAGAAAUGCUGCAGAUGUCCAAGCAGAUGACGAUGAUGUUCGAGGUGGAGGACCUCUCCGUAGCUUCACCAGCUACUGUCAGUCGAACGGGUAUGGUUUACAUGGAGCCUAGUACACUUGGUCUUGGGCCUCUAGUCGAUUCGUGGGUCGAGCGUUUACCAAAGUCCAUGGCACAGUUCGGGCAUAUCUUCAUGAGACUCUUUGACGUGUACUUGUAUGCUUCGGUGACGUUUAUUCGCUCAUUCCUCGGCGAGUUAGUGCCUACAAUGGACAACAAUCUCGCCCAGAGUCUCAUGAAUAUUCUAGAUUGUACGUUGGACCCAUUCCGUGAAAAACCGGCUGACGGUACCGGUGAACCGCAACCACCAUCUAAAACGCCCAAUGCUCAGUUCAAGGACGACAUUGAGCCUCUCUUCAUCUUCGCUCUGAUCUGGUCUAUAGGAGCCUCUACGAAUGAUGCUGGUCGAAUUCGGUUUGACAGUUUCCUGCGGAGCGAGUUGGUGGCCAACAACUGCAAACCUCCACUCCCUCCCACCGGACUCGUCUAUGACUAUUGCUACCAGCUCUCCAGUCACAAAUGGGUGCCCUGGAUGAACACAGUCAGUCCGUACAAGGUUCCUGCUAACUCAUCGUUUGCUGAGAUCGUUGUACCUACAGCUGACUCUGUGCGCAAUAAUUUUCUACUUGAAGAGCUGAUGAGUGCAGGGAAGCACGUGCUCAUGGUCGGCGGAACAGGAACCGGUAAAACUGUCAACAUCACCCGAUAUCUGCAGUCUUUACCUGCUGACAUCUACAUCCCCAUCCCGAUCUCUUUUUCUGCGCAAACGUCAGCCAACCAGACCCAGGACAUGUUGGAUGCCAAGAUGGAGAAGCGCCGGAAAGGCGUGUAUGGCCCACCAGCAGGAAAGAAGUACAUUAUUUACGUGGACGAUUUGAAUAUGCCCAAGCGUGAGAAAUACUUUGCACAACCUCCGUUGGAGUUGGUGCGCCAGUGGUUCGACCAAAGUGGUUGGUACGACCGCAAGUUACUCGUGUUCCGUAGCAUCAUUGACAUUCUGUUUGUUGCAUCGAUGGGUCCUCCUGGUGGUGGACGCAACCCAAUUACUCCGCGUCUGGUACGCCACUUCAAUGUCGUGGGCUAUGCUGAGCUUGGCGAUGACAGCAAGACCAUUAUUUUCAGUACGAUUCUGGGCAACUUUUUGGGUUCUGGUUUCCCAGCAGAAAUCGCUCGACUUACUGAUAACGUCGUGAAGGCUUCUAUAAGCGUAUACAACACCAUUUGCCGCGAAUUACUCCCUACUCCAGCCAAGUCGCACUAUACAUUCAACCUGCGUGAUCUGGCAAAGGUGUUCCAGGGCGUGCUCAUGGGCGACAGUCGUCGUAUCUCGGAGACAGACUCGCUGAUUCGCUUGUGGGUACAUGAGUGUAAACGAGUCUACGAAGACCGAAUGGUGUCCACGCAGGACCACGACUGGUUCCGUGAGCUAAUGCGCUCAUCAGUCAAGGAGUUUUUCCAGCGUGAGUACGACCAAGUUGUGACAAACGAUCACUUGAUCUACGGCGAUUACUUGGUCCCUGGUGCGGAUCCGAAGAUCUACGAGGAAGUUGUCGAUGUGCAUAAAGUGUUGAACAUUAUGGACGAAUAUCUGCUCGACUACAACGCAGAGAGCAAGUCUCCCAUGUCGCUUGUGUUGUUCAUGGACGCCGUGGAGCAUGUAUCCCGUAUCUCUCGUAUCAUUCGACAACCUAUGGGCAACGCUCUGCUUCUCGGAGUUGGUGGAAGUGGUCGUCAGAGUUUGACGAAGUUAGCCACCUUCAUGGCUGGGUACAAGUGCUUCCAAGUGGAGAUUGUGAAGGGAUACGGUCUUACUGAAUGGCGAGAUGAUGUCAAGAAGUGUCUGUUGCUUGCAGGUGUCAAGGAUACACCAGUGGUGUUCCUCUUCUCGGACGUGCAAGUGGUUAAUGAGACGAUGCUUGAAGAUCUCAACGGCGUGUUGAAUGCGGGUAACGUGCCGAACCUGUACGGCCCUGAAGACCUGGACCAAAUUGUGACAGCGUGUCGAGUUGAUUGUCAAAAGCGACAGCUUCCUCCUACGAAGACUAACAUCUUUCAGCAGUAUAUCAACCGUGUGCGACGUAACAUUCACCUGGUAAUCUGUAUGAGUCCAUUGGGUGGAUUGUUCCGUGAUAGAUUGCGAAUGUUCCCGUCACUGGUUAAUUGCUCAACCAUCGACUGGUUCAGUGAGUGGCCUGCAGAGGCUCUAAACUCUGUGGCCUCCGCCAUCUUGAGUGACGGCAAUCUAGCGCUUGGCGAUAAGCUCCCUGCUCUUGUAGAAUCCUUCAAGAUUGUACACCAAAGCGUCGAAGAGGCCUCCAAAAAGUUUUACAACACGCUGCGAAGAUACUUUUACGUGACUCCAACCAGUUAUUUGGAGUUGUUAUCAGCCUUCAAGUCCGUCCUGGUUGCAAAGCGUGAGGAGGUCAAUAUGAUGCGCAGUCGCUUGCAGAAUGGUGUGGACAAACUCUCAGAAACGAAAGCGAUUGUUGCAACGAUGCAGACGGAGUUGGUGGAGCUCCAGCCUGUUCUGGCUGCUACUCAAUUGGAGGUGGAGCAAAUGAUGGUUCAGAUUGCGAAAGAUAGCGCUGAAGCAGAUGUUACGAAGGCUACCGUCGAGAAGGAAGAGGCAGCAGCUAGUAUUAAGGCCAGUGCGACGAAAGAAAUCGCAGACUCCGCACAACGUGACCUCGAUGCUGCUCUUCCUGCUCUGGAGUCUGCUCUAGAGUGUCUGAAUCGACUGAAAAAAGCUGAUAUUGAUGAAGUCAAAGCGCUGAAAACGCCACCCGCUGGUGUUAAACUGACGAUGGAAGUGGUGUGUAUUCUCUUCGGCCAGAAACCUGUGAGUAAACCGGAUCCAGAUCGUCCAGGCAAGAAAAUCAACGAUUACUGGGAAGUAGCGCAGAAGGUGGUGCUGUCGAACGCGAAUAAGUUCUUGGAGAACCUCCUAGGCUUCGACAAAGAUAACAUUCCGGAUGCCAUCAUCACCAAGGUGGCCCCCAGUAUGGAAGAUCCAAACUUUACGCCAGAGGCUAUCGAGAAGUCCUCAAAAGCCUGUACCGCGAUCUGUAUGUGGGCUCGUGCCAUGUACACGUAUCACUUUGUGGCUAAGGCUGUGGAGCCGAAGAAACAAGCUCUUGCACAGGCACAAAAAGAACUCGAUGAGACACUCGCUGUACUGCAAAGUGCGCAAGCUAAUCUGCAACAAGUGAGCGAUCGUCUUGCCGAGUUGGAACAGUCUUAUAACGGCGCCGUGGCCAAGAAAGAAGAACUAGCACGAAAAGUGGUGCAGUGUCAAGUUCAGCUCCAGAACGCUGAAAGAUUGAUCGGUGGACUUGGUGGCGAGGAAGCUCGUUGGAAGGAGACAGUAGCGCAGCUCACUCUCGACUACUCCAACCUCACAGGAGACGUGCUAGUAUCUGCCGGUACGAUUAGUUACCUUGGAGCUUUCACUGCUGAAUUCCGCGAACAACUUGUAGCUUCAUGGCACGAAGCUCUGGUGAAGCACAAAGUGCCUCACUCUCCUGGUUGCGAUUUGAUUCGAACGUUGCAAGACCCAGUAAAACUACGUGCGUGGCAGAUCGCUGGACUGCCGACCGACACGGUGUCCACACAGAAUGGUAUCAUCAUAGGACGUGCUCGAAGAUGGCCGUUGUUGAUCGAUCCACAGGGCCAAGCUAACCGCUUCAUCAAGAAUCUAGGACGUGACAAGAAACUCUGUGAAAACGGAAUGGAUGUGGUCAAGCAAUCUGAUCGUGGAUUCUUGCGUGCUUUGGAGAACGGUCUACGCUUCGGCAAGUGGGUGUUGCUAGAGAAUGUUGGCGAGGAGCUUGAUGCUGCUCUGGAGCCGGUGUUAUUGCAGCAGAAAUUCAAACAAGGAGGCCAGGACAUGAUUCGACUGGGCGAGAAUGUUAUCCCCUACAACGACAGCUUCCGCUUCUUCCUCACGACUAAACUGGCAAACCCACACUACGCACCAGAGGUCUGUGUGAAAGUUAGUCUAUUGAACUUUACUAUCACUAUGAAAGGCCUUGAGGAGCAGCUUCUGGGUGUGGUGGUGCUCAAGGAGUUACCAGAACUGGCAGCCAAGAAGAACGAGCUCGUGCUGUCGAAUGCAGAAGGGAAGAGACAAUUAUACGAGAUCGAGAACCAGAUCUUGUAUCUCCUGUCUCACUCGGAAGGGAAUAUCUUGGACGAUACGAACCUCAUCGAGACGCUGGCAUCAGCGAAGGAGACGUCGGCUGUUGUGAUGGCAAAGAUGCGUGAAGCUGAAGAGACUGAGCGUGAGAUUGACGCGCGCAGUGAUGGCUACCGUCCCGUGGCGUUCCGUGCAGCUUUGCUGUUCUUCUGCAUCGCCGAUCUCGCUCUUGUGGAUCCAAUGUACCAGUAUUCUCUUACAUGGUUUACCGGUCUAUUCAUUCGUGGAAUCCUGGCAGCAAGGCCCUCAGCUCAACUGGAAACCCGGCUCACAAACCUGAACGACUACUUCACGUACUCAGUCUACAAGAACGUCUGCCGCUCCCUCUUUGAGAAACACAAGCUGCUCUUCUCCUUCCUACUGACUAUCAAGAUCAUGCAGGGUAACAACGAAGUGGAUGCAGGCGAGUGGCGUUUCUUGCUCUCAGGAAUCGGCUCUAGCCCUCCAGUUGAAGCGGAAAACCCAGCUGCGCGAUGGCUUGAAGCCUAUGCAUGGCAACAGAUCUGUGCACUCGCGAGCUUCCCUGCUUUCAAAGGCCUCGAGACCGAGUUCGCCAACCACGUAGCAGUCUUUCGCUCCAUCUUCGACUCGACAGACCCCGAAAACCAGCCCUUACCUGGUGAUAAGCUGUCCAAACUGGACGAAUUCCAGAAACUCUGCAUCCUACGCGUCUUGCGACCGGACAAGAUGAUGCCUGGUAUUCAAAACUUGGUGUGUGCCAAGCUGGGCAAGGAAUUCAUCGAGCCACCGCCGUUUGAUCUCGCAAACACAUUCGAGGAUGCCAGUCCGACAACACCGUUGAUUUUUGUAUUGUCACAAGGUUCCGAUCCAGCCAAAGACCUACACGGAUUCGCCGUUAGCACAGGCAUGGAGAGUAAACUCAAGUCGAUUGCGCUGGGUCAAGGUCAAGGUACGUUAGCUGCUAGACUUAUCGAAGGAGCGACGACAAGGGGAGAGUGGGUUUUAUUACAGAAUUGUCACUUGGCUUUGAGUUGGAUGCCCGAGUUGGAGAGAAUAUGUGAAGAACUGGAUCCCACUAAGCUACACGAGAAUUUCCGUCUGUGGCUCACGAGUAUGCCGACUCCAGCGUUCCCUGCGUCAGUGUUACAAGAUGGUGUGAAGAUGACGAAAGAGGCGCCUAAGGGACUGCGUGCGAACCUCAAAAACACGUACUACAAGCUGGAUGAGACACGACUGAGCGCAACUCGUAAACCCGACGUGUUCCGUAAGCUGCUGUUUGGGUUGUGCUUCUACCACGCAAUAGUGUGUGAGCGGAAGCGCUUUGGAGCACUCGGAUGGAACAUCCCGUACCAGUUCAACGAGACGGACUUGGACAUUAGUGUAGCACAACUAGAAAUGUUCCUGGACACAUACGACCAAGUACCAUUCGACGUGCUGCAGGUCAUGACGUCUACUAUCAACUAUGGUGGACGAAUUACAGACGACAAGGACAUGCGAACGUCUGAUGUCAUUCUCAUGACGUUCUUCAAGGAAGCUAUCCUACACAAGGGCUACACAUUCUCAAAGAGCGGGAUCUAUUACUCACUUGAGUGUGACCCAAGGAACGCCUACGAGGAAUACGUGAACUACAUCAACUUGCUGCCUAUCAACCCGGAACCCGAAGUCUUUGGCAUGCACGAGAACGCCAACAUCACCAGCGCUCAAGCCGAGACGUACGAAGCUUUCGAUCUGCUGCUGUCGUUACAGCCACGAGUGAGUUCCGGUGGUGGCAAAAGCCGAGAAGAGAUUAUCGCUGAUGCCGCUCAAGCGAUUGCUUCUCAACUGCCCCCUCAGUAUGAUCUCGAGCAUGUCCAGGCGGCAUAUCCAGUCUCCUAUGACGAGUCGAUGAACACUGUGUUGGCACAAGAAGUGGAGCGCUUUAACAAGCUACUGGCUGUGAUGAGGAGCACCCUAUAUCUUGUACAACAAGGUCUCAAGGGUCUUGUAGUCAUGUCUGCUGAACUCGAAGCAAUGGGGGCGUCGCUCUACGACCAGAAGGUUCCUGCAGUAUGGGAAGCGAAAGCUUAUCCGUCGCUUAAACCGCUUGGUGCGUGGGUGAAGGACCUGCUUGAACGCUUGACGUUCAUCUCGAACUGGAUCGCACACGGCAUCCCGGCCGUAUUUUGGAUCUCGGGCUUCUUCUUCCCGCAAGGCUUCAUGACUGGCACGAUCCAGAACCACGCUCGACGAUACAAGUUACCUAUCGACUCCUUAUCGUUCCAGUUCAUUAUGAAGCCCGAGAGUGUCGAGCAGCUUACUGCAAGACCUGUGGAUGGUUGCUACACGUACGGGCUGUUCCUCGAAGGAGCUCGCUGGAAUCCCGAGAUUACGGCGCUAGAUGACCCACUGCCACGUGAAUUAUUCGCCAAGAUGCCUGUCAUUCAUCUACUGCCUCAACCGAAUCGAGAGGCUCCACAACGAGGCAUUUAUCGGUGUCCAGUGUACAAGAUCCUUACUAGAACUGGUACGCUGUCGACAACUGGUCAUUCCACCAACUUCGUCAUGUGGCUAGAGAUCCCAGCCAACAAACCCACGAUCUUCCGCAACUCACUAGUGUCCGAGACCAACGCACAGGUGCUGUUUGCGGACCAAGAGUACUGGAUCAAAGCAGGCGUUGCUUGCUUCUGCAGCCUGCGUUACUAA